UAAGCGCACGGUUAAAUAUUAUGUUUAUAAUAAGAAGAUAUAGUGCCUUUUUGUUUAUACUGAGUAUUAUCCUGGCUGCAGAAGCAGAGGAUAAUCAGAAAUGUGAAUAUUUUGAUUCUGUCGAUCUCGAGGAUAGUCAGAAAUAUGACAAUGGAUCCUAUUUGUACAGGGGUAUUUUAAUUCCAAGCGAAAAAGUUCAUCAAUACACAUAUCGUGAAACAGUUUUCCAGCAUAAUAAGACAGUCGAACCCUAUAUGAGAGGUUGUCUCUGUCAGAUCAAAUCGUGCGUGCUGCUGUGUUGUGAACCAGAAAAGUCAAUGAGAAAUUUUGUUGUCAAUAUGACUCUUGACAAUGGUACGGAGACGCAAGUAAACGUGAUAAAUGAAUUCGAAGUGCAAGUUAAAUACGAAAUGUCGUGCGAUUUAUUGGAGAAUCCAAAUUAUGAUGAACAGGCCCAACCCAACUGGAAACUUUUUCAAGAUGGAAAACUUAAAAAUCUGUCUGAUGAUAAUGUACUAGAAAAGAAUGAGUAUUGUCUCAUACCACAUAAAGUUUCAGAAGAAAAGUAUUAUCUAGUACCUACAACCAUUAAGCCGGAUAGCGAAAUUCAUAUCGAAAUUAACGAAACAAAUAUUAUAAGAGUAAUAACGGUUUUUUGCAUAGCUAUAAUCAUUGCUGCGUAUUGUUAUUCGCCCAAGUUAAAUGCAGGAUGUAACCGAUGUUAUAUAUAUUACUUUGUUUGCCUCGCUAAUAGCUAUAUACUGCUGUGGGUAGACUUGGAAGUAAGGGUCGAGGCCGUUAAGAAUGACUGCUAUUUGUUAGGAUAUUCUGGAUAUUUUACCAUCAUGUCGACAUUCCUUUGGCUUCUGGUAAUUAAUUUUAAUUUGUGGAAUACAAUUACUCGAUAUAAGGUAAGUGUUCACAUGCUGAGAUACCAUAUUUUCGUGUGGGGGGACUGCUGCGAUUUUGACCGCGAUCACAGCAUAUAUGGAUAUGCAAGAGAUGUCCGACUCUGACAGGGAUAUAUGGCAGCCUGGUGUGACUCGUUACGGAUGCUGGAUCGAUAUAAAAAAUUGGUCAGCUAUGAUUUACUUGUAUGGUCCUAUAUUGCUUUCAAUCCUUAUCAACUCAAUACUCGCCAUUGUAACCGCAAGGCAUUUGUAUGUGCACCAUAUGAAAACCAAUCAAGUCUGGAACAAUUCGGAGAGUAAAAAGAAUUUAAAGAAUAAAUCUGAUUUCAUCUACUUUUUCCGGAUAUUUCUCAUAUCAGGAGUUUUUUUGGAUAUUGGAAAUAUUUGCAUAUUUAUUGAACAUAGAAUUGUUUACCUUAAUUAUAGCUGGACAAGGAUUAAUACUGCCUUUCGUUACUAUCUGUAACAAAAAUGUUAUUCGUGACUUAAAUCAAAGAUUGAACCCAAAGAGAAAGAAAGAUUACGAACCUGUGACAAGCGUGGAAACAUCAACUACAUAACUAUAUCUACA